CCAUCGCCGCGAUUGAAUAGUCUUCCCGGAGCAGCCGUACAUGACGGUUUACUCCCCGUUGUUCUUCCACUCAUUUAUUUAAUAAUUUUAAUAUAUAAGCUUCUACUGUAACGUAUAAAGAACUUAUUGAAAAAGUUUUAAAAAAAUCUAUGCUUAACUAUAAUCAAUUAGUUGGUAUAUAAAAAAACGUGUUUUCUAUCAACUAUACACCUGUUAGAACUACUGUCAAAUGAAAGCACUUUUUCACCUACUUUUUUUCAACUACUUUUUCGUCAGUUUCGAAGAAAUAAAAAACACCAAGUAGAUAAUCAUCGAGUGCAUGUGACUGAAUUAGAAUUUAAAUAAGUUGUUUUCAAAUAGAGUGAGUUAAUCCAUAAGAAGGUAACACAAUAAUAAUUAAAUACGUACCUUAAUCGUUGUGAUAUUAUAUUUUAUUCAAUAGAAAAUAAUUUUUUACCCUACAGAAGAGUCCCUUAGUAACGAUAGACAUAUCAAACAAUUAGAGCUUGUUAGUAAAUUAGAUAUAACUAGAUGAGAUUUUUAAGGAAUUCGUUCAAACUGUUUUAUAAAAUUGACAAGAUAAUAAGUAGAAAUAGAUUUAGAUGAAUGUGUUUCCGAGACAUAUCUACGUUUUUGAGAACUAAGAGAACUGUUAAAUGAUAAGUGUUACAAUUUCUGAGACGUUCUAAAACGCGCGUAAAAUAUAGUGAUUAAAAAGCUGUAAACGAAGAACAUCAUGAGCUUGAACAGGUCAUGUUUGUCCAAUAGAGGGAUGAACGGCAAGAUUUCGUCGCUGAUAGAACAACAUGGAAGUGCUGGAAAUUUGCGAUCGUCAGCUGUGGCAAGAGUGGGUCAGGCUGUCAACUUGGCUGUUGAACGAUUCGUGACAGUGGGAGAAACAAUUGCAGAUGACUAUCCGGAAGUUAGGCAAGGAAUGUACGAAGCGUGCAAGGAAGCGAGGCAGGCCGGAGCUGCAAUUGAGCAUAUUUGUGAAGUACACGACGAAGAAGUCUCCCCUGAUAGGACCAUUUUAGUUAGAGCUGCAAGAUGCCUUUUGGGUGCCAUAACUAGAGUUUUACUUUUAGCCGACAUCGUAGUUGUUAAGCAGCUUUUAUUUGCCAAAGAUAAGGUCUCGCAUAGUUUGGAUCGAUUAGAGUCAGUUAACAACUUUACGGAGUUUGUAAAAGCCUUUAGUCAGUUUGGAGCAGAAAUGGUAGAAUUAGCUCAUUUAACGGGUGAUAGACAGAAUGAUCUAAAGGACGAACGGCGACGGGCUCAAAUGGCGGCGGCUAGACAAGUUUUAGAAAGAUCAACAAUGAUGUUACUAACUUCAAGUAAAGCAAGUUUAAGGCAUCCAGAGUGCACAUCCGCCAGGGAAAAUCGUGAUACCGUAUUCUGCCAAAUGCGAAGAGCUAUGGACCUUAUUCAUUAUGUAGUAAAAGACGGUGUCUUAAAUAGUGCCGAUUCAAGUGUUCAAUCAAUCCAUAGAGAAGGACUAUGUGAAAGUGACAGAGGAACAGCAUAUGCCUGUAUACAGCAUUUGCAGUAUCUACUUGAACAUAGUAAAAUCUCUAUGGACCCUUCCUGUCAAGAGACACUUCCGACUGCAUUAGAGGCUGUCUUAGAAAGAACUCAGGAUUUCACUGACAGUGCCUAUACUAGCCAUGAACAUAGGGAAGCCAUUUUAGAAUGUAGUGAAAGACUUAAAACCGAACUAGAUCAUCUUCUAAGUCUUUAUAUAAAUGUAGGUGGUUUCGAGGAUAUAUCAAACUGUCCGGAACUAGAUAAUUCGAUACAAGUUUGUAUUAACUCAUCAAGAGAUUUAUCUAGGCAUUUAGCUAACGCCGCUAUAUAUCAGGCUCAAGAUUUAAACAGUGUAACCAAACAUGGACUGGAGUUAGUGGCAAGUAUCAGACAGCAAGCAACAAUGUCGGAAAUUGAUAGACUGCAUCAUACCUCAAAUGCCUUUCACGAUUCCAUUGAUCAUAUUUUGGAGGUUUGUAAAUUAUUACGUAACGUGGCCGUAUCCGAUACGCUUCAGGUAUCUGCCAAAUUUACCGAAAUAAAUUUACGAGUAUACGGUCCUCAAGUGAUAACAGCUGCAAAAUGUUUGGGAACAUGUCCAGGCAGCAAAAUCGCUCAAGAAAAUCUUGAAGUUUUUGCUGAUAUGUAUCAAUGGUUAAUUUCGGAUGUGACGACGAUGGUCAAGGAUGUCAUCGACGCGACACAACCGAGACCGGAAAAACAAGUUUAUAUGUCUCUGCCUAGACCAGGAAAACAUGGUACUACCUCAAAACCUCUAAAAGCUGUGAGAUUGGAUGUAGCGGAACAAGAAAAAAUAGCAAAAACCGGUCUGGAAAUGAAACUAGCUACCACAGAAAUGGAUGCUGAAACUGACAAGUGGCAAGAAAAUAACAGUAACGCUCAGCUAGAGGAGAACAAUGAUAUUGUGAAGAGGGCAAAAAACAUGUCUGCUAUGGCGUUUUCUAUGUACCAAUUCACAAAGGGUGAAGGAGAUCUGAAAACAACUCAAGAUUUGUUCACGCAAGCAGAAUAUUUUGCAGAAGAAGCUAACAGACUCUACAAGGUCAUAAGACAAUUCAGCUAUCAGGUUCCUUGUGGUGCUAAUAAAAAAGAACUUCUUGCCCAUUUAGACAAGGUACCAACAUUUGUUCAGCGUUUACAGUUCACUGUGAAGGAUCACACCGUAGGAAAAGCCGCUACAUUUACAAAAGUCGAUAAUGUGAUACAGGAAACUAAAAAUCUUAUGAAUGUUAUUUCAAAAGUUGUAACUACAUGUUUCGAAUGCGCAACCAAAUACAAAUUGGACUUCCGAGGGUCAGGUUCAGGUACCCGAAGAGGUUCUGGAGGUGAAGGUGGAUCUUCAAGUGCUGGAGGUGCAACUGGAGAUAAUAAGGGUGGUGGAGCCACAGGCACGGAUCAAAGUUUAUGACAAAUGGGGAUGUCCCGGCGCAACAAGGGAGACUCGAGACGCACUCGGGUCUCCUUCUUGUUGUUCUAGGACGCCUAUCUUUUAUUUUAUUGCGUAUGCUUUCCAUAACUUUAGUAACUUUAUAAAUAAUAGUUACAGAUUACGAUCAAUAUAAUUGAGGGCUUCAUGUAGUAAACAAUAUUCGAAUAUAACGAAAUAUUAAAAAUACGCUAGUAACAAGUAACAAGACAUACCUACAAAAUGUACUUAACAAAUUGCGUGAAAAACAUGCACUGUAUAAAUAAUCAUUAUGAUAAUGUUAUAAUUCCACUGUUAGCUGCUUUGAUGUGGUUUAUAGAACCUCAAUGUUUCAUUAUUUAUAAACCUGUUCUCACUUUGAUAUGGUGGGUUAAAUGGAAUGACAAAUAGCGGCAUUCAUUCAGUUUAUUGUAUUCUAACCCAAAAUUCCCUUGACAAUAAAAAAGUAAAAUUAAAAUAAAUCGCAAAUCUUAACAGCGAUGUUGAUCACCAGGCUCACGAAGCACUAUUCAAAAAAUAAGUAAAUAUACCCUCAAACUUUUCAAUCAUUCGUCAAAUAACUGAACUGAGUUAUUUCUGCAUCGGCAAGAGGGGAGGUAAAUAUCUCAAUUCAUCUGAUUUGAGAAAAAUUAAAUGGGACGUAGAAUUUAAUGGGUUAUACUUAAAUGAGUUCAAAUUAUCUGAGAUUUCAUGAAAAAGGAAUAAAACUUUUAAUUCCUAAUAUUUCGCUCUUUGUUUCAUCAUUUUUCACACAUAAUGCCUAUCGUUUUUGAUAAAUUUUUGGAUUAAAUAUAUGCCUCCUCUUGUCAGAAUCGAUAAGUACCAGAAAUACCUUGGAAUUUUGUUUCUACAUUAAGGUUAUUAGAUAUACAAUUCUCGAUAAAACUACCUGGUACUAUCUAUUCUAUCUAUUUACCAUGUCGUUGGAGAAUUUUGCUUACUCUAUCAGAGCAAAAUGUUAUUUGUGAGGGAAAAUUCUAAAUCACAGUGAUUUUGCAUGGAACUUUGUAUUGUUUGCCCGUUUUAGAUGAAUACUUGAGAAAAUUGAAUAUUUUUGCGCAUACGCAACGCGUCAAAAGAUUAAGUAUAUGAAUGAAAUAAAAAAGAACUUGAAAGGUGUUCAACAUAAUUAAAACCUUUUUGAUUCACUAAACAUGUAGUUUCAUCUUAUUUCUUAAAUAUUUGAUUAUUUAUAUUUAUUUUCAAUAAUUCUUUUUUAUCAGUAUUUGAUAUUUCAAAGCUGGAUCACCACACAAAUAACGAUUGAACAUUAAGACAUUUUCAAAAUAUUUGCAUAAUCUUAUAGAAAAUGUGAAUACUCGUAUUUAAAUAUAUUGUAAUUAUACAUUGACAAGAUUAUAUAUUUGAUACACGGAUCCUAAUAUAUUUAGAACUAUUUGCUCAUAACCAACAAACAAACAAACGUGAUAUAGAUUCUCUAAUAAAUAGUUAGUAAUAAAAUCGUUUAAAAUAUUUAUAUUUUCAAUCAUAUUUUUGUAUUUAUUAAUUCAUUUUAUUCGAACUAUUUUUGAAUGCUUUGAAAGGGGCCCAUGGAAUCCCAUUUCCAAUUAUCGUUAUCGUUUUUUUAUAUUGAGAUACUACCACUAGUUGCUGCUAUUAAGCAUAUAUAAUGAAAUAAAAGAAUAAUCAUGAUAAUAUCAAUUUAUACUAUAUAUAAUAAAUUUCUUUAAUUUCUUAGCCCUUUUGAUAUAUUAAUGC